GGCGCUUGUGCCGGGCGCGGUGAGCGGACAGCGCACUUGCGAUGACCGACGCGCUGCUGUUGGCAGCCCUGCUGGCCGGCUGCCAACUGCUGCAGCUCGCCGCAGGCCAGAACUGCACGGACGCGUUCAUCAAGGUGUCCGGCUACGCGCCGAGUGACGACACGCUCAUACUCCUCUACAGCCAACCAGGAGCGGCCGUCACCGCCGAGUGCUUCAGGAGGUGCCGCUCGUCCAGCAACUGCCGGUCGCUGGUGAUCGACUACCAGCGGUCGGCCUGCUUCCGCGUCAACGCAUCGUCCUACCUGCCGCCGGAGAUCGAGGUGCCCCCCGUCGUCACCGCCCGCCGCGCCAGCUUCUUCCAGCGGGCGUGCCUGCAGGUGCCGCGCAACUGCUCGGGCCGGCUGUGGGCGGCGACGCGGGCGCCCGGCUACGAGCUGGUGGGACAGGCGGCGGGACCGGCCCUCGCGGUGGACUCCGUGGAGCAGUGCGUGGACCGCUGCCUCACCGCGACGCUGUUCCCGUGCCGCUCGGCCGUCUACACGCCGCCCACGUACUCCUCGCGCGGCCGCUGCUCGCUCAGCUUCGAGGACCGGCGCUCCCAGCCGGACGCCUACCGCGCCACGCCCGUGCGCGUGCAGUACCUCGAGGUGGAGUGCCUCAAUGCCACAGUCAGAGGGCAGACGUGUUCGUACGAGGAGUUCCCGAACAACACGCUCGGCCUCGGAGACGCUGACUACUGGGGGCUCACCAAAACACAGUGCCAGGGCCGUUGUGACGCGGAGUCCCAGUUCAACUGCCGUGCGCUGACGUGGGUGGCGCGGCCGGGCGGGAACAGCUCGCUGUGCCGGCUGCACGGAGACGACCUGGCCAGCGCGGGGCCGGCCGCCCUCCUCACGGCCCCCGGAGCAGCGUACCUGGAGAAGAUACCGUGCCUGGACCUGCUGGUGACGUGCUCGGGACGAGAGAUGUCCGUGACGCUGCGCACGCUGCAGCCGUUCACGGGCCGCAUGUACGUGAGGGGCCGGCCGGAGACGUGCGGCGCGGAGGGACGCGGAUCGGGCUCCACCGUGCUCACCGUGCCGCUGGAGUCGCCCUCGCGCGCCGGCCGUGUCGACAACAAGUGCGGCGUGCUGGUCGUCAAGUCGGUUGGCGAGACCAACAGGACGCUGCUGUCCGCGGUGGUGAUCAUCCAGAACAACCCCAUCAUCCAGCGCAGGGGGGAUCGGGCGGUGAAGAUCGGCUGCCUGCUGGAGGGCGUGGCCCCGCAGAACGUGACCCUGGGGACGUCUCUCACCUUCCCGGACACCGAGUCGCUGCCCGGCGCGGGCGCGGUGGUGGUCAACUCGUCCGCGCCCACGCCCACCGUGCGCCUGCACAUCUACGACCUGAGCCGCGGCGACGCCGUCGAGGCCACGGAGACCCAGCUGGGGCAGAGCCUCCAGUUCAGGAUCGACGUGGACCCCGCGGACAGUCCAUACGACAUCAAGGCAGCGCACCUGGUGGCGACGAGCGACGACGGCUCCGACUCGUACCUGCUGCUGGACGAGCGGGGCUGCCCGCCCGACCCCCUCACCUUCCCCGCCUUCGUCCGGGCCGCCCCGCGCUCGCGCUCCCUCGUCGCCAACUUCCGCGCCUUCAAGUUCCCCCGCUCCUUCGUGGUGCGCUUCAACGUCAUGGUGCGGUUCUGCCCCGGCGCCUGCGAGCCGACGGACUGCGGGGCAGGCGUGCUGGCGUACGGGCGGCGCCGGCGGGCGGCAGACGACGCGCCGGCCUCCCUGUAUCAGCAGCUGCCCAUGCAGCGCACCCUGGUGGUGCGCAACCCACAGCUGGCGGCCGGCUCCGUGCUGCAGCAGCGAGACCCGGACAACAGCAACAUCCUGCUGCUGGUGCCAGAGGAGCCGGGCGCAGUCUGCCUGUACUACGGCGCCAUCAUCGGCCUGGUGAUGGCGUGGAUGCUGCUGCAGCUGCUGCUGCUCGUCGGCUGCUACUUCACCGCCCGCCAGCGCAAGCUGAGCCGGCGCGAGCGCGACCAGCUCAAGCUGCAGGAUGACUUCCACGCCUUCGAGAACCACCGCCACGUGCACUGGGCCGACCAGAGCAGCUGACGUCUCUCGCCGGCCGGCCCCGCGGCGGAGACUACUGCUACUGCCUCGUGUCAUCGGUAGCCUUCGGUUGAGAGAGUUUUGGAAGCUCACUUUGGCAAAUUUUACUUUCGUCAUUUUUUUUUUACCUGCACGAUGGAACCUCACCGCAGCGUACAAAAUAAAAAUAAAUAAUGGGUGAAUUAAUUUAUGAUGUACACAUUUUAGAAGAUUAACUUUAAUUCUGCAUGCAAAUAAUUGUUAGAAAUAAAAUAGAGUGCUACUAUAGAUACGGUUGGUAAAGUAUAAAUUCAACUUAAAAAAUUUAAAUAAACAUGCAGUAGGCAAUAUUAAUAUAAACAUUUGUAUAAAAUUGAGUAAAAAUUCAUUCAUUCAUUUUUAUCAUUUUUUUUCAUAAUGUGCCUGAAGAAGUAUCUGUAUUCAAUAUCAAAUCACUAAAAUAUAAGAUUUAAAAGCACACAUAUAUAUAUAUAUAUAUAAAUUUUUUUUAACUCUGUGAAAAUUUUGUUGCAUCGUGUGUGCACGUCGUAAAAUCUCACUCAUCACUUUUUCAUAACGCAACUAAAUAAGUAUAUCUUCGAAAACACUCUAUUUUUCAUGCUUAAUAAUGACAGUACUUCAUACUGAACUGUUCAUAAGGGUGAAAUAUACUGUGUUGGGAUCUGAAAAUAAGUACUUAAGAGUGAGAUAUACUGUUGAAAGUGUGGUACACUGUGGUGGGGUUUCACUGUGAUACUUCUAACGUGAUCUUGACAAUGAAUUGGUUUCUUUGAAUCAGUGCACCAUUUUGACUAGGCUCACAGUGAAUGGGGAAAGAAACCGAAAGAGUUCAUUUUGGUUUCAACAGUUUUUAUGCCGUAACAUUUUUUUUUUUACUUUUAAUGUUGGUAAUUUUGUCUUCAUAUUGCAGAGAGCAUCAAGAGAUUUUUAAAGGCCGUAACAUUAUAUCUAUUGACAUUAUUAUUAUAACUGUACUCAUUCUCAAAAAUUAAUUCAAUACUAAAUGACAGUAACCUUACAGGGAAAAAUGUUUUUAGCAUGUAAAAACUAUCACCGUCAAGCAUUCUUCUAAAAUAAAUAUUUACAAUGCUUUAACAAAGAUAUAUUUUUAAAAUAUAACAAUAGAUAAUUGUUAUGGCAUAAAACCGGUGGAAACCAAGGUGGUUUGUUUUGGUUCUUAAUUCUUCCUUUUAAGUUGAAUAUCUUAAGAAGUCUUCAAAAUCUCUAAUCGCUGAACGCUCCAAGAAUAUUGACCUUCCACGCAAUUAGUGCUUGAAGAAUGUCUAGAUAGUAUUCGAGCCAACUCUGAAGAUGGUUCACCAGAUGGCGUAACUGUCAGUGAAGGACUCACACCGCAUCCAGAGCCUUGGACAACCAACUAGUGACUAAUGUUGUUUAAAAGAACCGCCUAGCUUCUGGAUGUCUUGUAUGUUGCGUGCCACUGGAAGCAAGUCCACUCAUCAUGAGAGAGCACUUCUGCGGCCAGCAAGUGUCUGAAAAUUAUCUAGCUGUACAGUGUGUGGCAUGAACCUUUUAAAGCCUAGUCAUAUUUACUUACCAGGAAAAAAAAAAGCUAAAUGUCUUGUGUUUUAAUAGAUAACUGGCAGAAUUUUGAUGCUAAUCUUGCUGGAAAAUUUUGUAAUAAUAUAAUAAUAAAUUUCAGCAUUGGGUAUUUCCAAGCAAAUUACUUUUGAAAGACUUGUGCUUAAUUAUAAUAAUUUUACCCUUAAAAAUACCUGGUAUUUAUAAAUUCAAUCAUUAAUGUUUCAAAAGUUUUUGUAUUUUUCUUGAUGCAAUGUAAACCAGGUGGAAAAAAAUCUGCAGACAGUUGAUUUUGUGAAUGAUCGUAUAUAGUGAAAGGUUGGAACACCACUGUGACCUGGUUUUUGUGUUCAAAACCUUUUUUUUAAUUAGUUGAUGUCCAUCAUUAUGUAUUCACUUUUUACUGUAAAUAAUACAACGUUAUUAAAACUCUGGAUCCUGUACUUGAACUGUAACUUUCCUGAAAUACUUUUAAGGCAUGUUUAAGAUAACUUGUCCACCUAAAACACAUUAGUACUAUGUAUUUCCUGGAGCACAAUCACUGGGUUAAGCCAGUCAUGACUUCUGAAGAAUUAAUCGUGUCAAGUAAGGACAUUGCGUUGAGGGUACACCAUCAGGUGAGAGCAACAUCAGACGUUCUCUGAAGACUUCUAACACGCCUGUCAUUUGCGAAUGUUACAUGAGUUGGAUGUUAGAGGAUGGAAUGGAAUGACAGUGGAAUUCAGUAAGCAACACUACGAAAUGCUCUAUCUUUUCCAGACUUAAUUGAUUCAUGGCACAUGAUCCAUUUGUUUCGUAACUUUUUUAAGGCAAGUUUUAGGUAGAUUUUAAAGAAAUACUACCUAUUGUAGCUGUUACCAUGGUGCGACUUCUGGAAAAAUUUUAUAUAGUUUUUGGUUUCAUGGUUCCUAGACCCCAAAACCAUCGUCAACUCAAAAUUUUGUGGACACAAUAACGGUCGCAAUUUUUCUCAAGUCACUUCCAAACUAAUACAUAAAAUAUAGUAGUGGAAAAUCUCAGUUUAGUUUGUUAAUAGGCAUUAUCCGACCACAGGGGUAGAAAUGGGAAAGGUUUUAUAAAAAACAGAAAAAUCAUACUAACUUCCAUAAUAUGGAAAAUAUCACAUCCGUUUCAAUGUUUUAUAACUUGCAGGAGUAAUGCCAAAAUAUUUUGUCUGAUGAGUUUUUUAAUACGACCAACCAUAACUGCAAGGGGUUGAAUAAACAAGGUUUAGCAGACAAAAAAAAUCAUAACCCUGUUCGUAGGCAUAACAUCAGAUUUGUACAAAUUAUGUAUUCUAUUAAUCUAAUAAUUUUUAUCUAAAACUUUAGGUUUAAAAAUUUUUUUUGAUUAGUCGAACCAUUGCUGCAUCGAAGUUCCCAAUGAUCUUCGCUCAGCGCUCACAACGCAAUGGUGUAUCAGAAAAUGUGGUCAAACCAGCGUAUGACUUGAGGUCACACUAUCUGAGAGUAAGUAGACAGGAAGCAGUCCAUUUUAAUUAUAGCUUCCAUACACUCACCAGGGCUGCAGAGACAGACAAGGUUUGGGAGGCUAUAUUAACCAGAGACCUCCCCCCUUUUCAUUUCCCAGUUGAGUUUCUAGAUUUUUUGUUAAUGCGUGUCUACCCUUACAGGGUGAAAAUUACAAGUCUACUGAAACUUACAAGUUAUGAGAUACACACCUAUCAGCUAUCACAUCUACAGUUAUGGCCAUGGUAACGUCUAGUCUCAUAUAUGUCCAUAAAAGAAUGUACCAGUUUCAACGGUAUAUUAUAACAGUUUAAUUUAGGCUAUUUACAACAAGUCAUACAUCAAAUAGAAGGUAAACUAACCCUAGUUUUUCUUACAAAUGUUCAAUAUGUGUACCUUAGUACACAUCCAACCUUAAGUCCAAUUCUUCCCAUACUUUGGCUAACAAGUUUGGAGUAAUGGAAGCAAUAGUCUAUUCAUUUCUUUGUCUCGACUCUAGGUAGCGGCGGAACAUUGACAGUAUCUGUUAUAAAAUCCCAAAGGAAAAAAAAAUGGCAUGGCGUUAUAUCAGAUGAAUGUGGAGGUCAGCGAAAAAGAGCUCUGUUGUCUCAACCAUUACGACCAAUCCAACGGCCAGGGACUUCGUACAUUCAACCACUCUCGUACAAAGAGAUUCUAAUGGUGAGGGGCUCCAUCAUGUUGCCAAAUAAAGUUUACAUGAUCACCCUCUACUAAUUGGGGAAAGCGCCAUUCUUUUAACGUACGUUGAAAGCGAGCAAACAACAAAGCAGUACGUACUUGUGCAUGCACUUAUCUAAAACUGUUUGUGUUACUGUUUAAUCACAGUUGAUGCCAUUAAAAUUUUUAACUGGGGCAUUCUUUUAAUGUCAUACUGAAUAUAUUUCCAAAUAGUGGAAUUUUAAAAGUUGUACAUUAAGUAGUGUGGAGGAGCCCCCCCGACAAAAUCCUGAACCCCCGGCCCUUAGCUUCUGGCCUGUCCUAACACACACACACUUCUCCACGUGAAAUGGCACUCAACCAAAACUUGUAUGUCGCAUGUGGAUAAGUGAGGUGAUGCCCAGGCAAGUGGCCAUACGUCUCGCAUGAAGGUGUGCGACUGUUUCCCAGUUUUCAAUAACAACCUCGUCUCAUAGCAGCUGCCAUUAACAAUUUUCACCUGAUUUAAUCAAUAAAGACACACAUCUUGGGUUCAUGGAAACUAUCAAACUAAGUAACUAAAUGUUAUUUUGGGAGAGGAAUAAGUUGUAUGAAUCAUUUUUUCUUUAAUGUUUCGUGUAUUUCCUCAGAGAUAUAUAAUAUAUUACAUCAUAUUUAUAGACAUUAGGAGUAGCAGGUGCGUUCAUUGACUUUAUUCUUCCUUUACCUGUCAAAAUGUAUCAAGAGUUCUUUCAGAGGAAAAAAGUUAUAAACUGAUGUAACAAAAAAAAUGAGCCUUUUUUUUUAAAGGUGAAAAAUAGAAAACAAGUCUAUACACUAUAUCUAAUCACAUUUUUUUUCACAAUACCAACACUUAUAGUUGCAGGAUGGCUAAUUUACAAAAAGAUUUGGUGGUUCCACGAGACGGUCCCGGCACCUCUGGCUACGUCAGUGGGCCGGACGUGAUACACUCGUCCACACUACAAGCAGACAGCGUUCUGACAGGAAUCCGUGCAUGUUGACACAUGACAAGGCAUUGAAAAAAAAGUUAUCAUCAAAAUGAAACAAAUACUGGUGACAAGCUCCAUUUUCUGUACUAGUUUUUUUAUGUAUGUAUUACCGUCUUUUGAGCAGUAACCUUUUACGGAACAAAUGACCAUCAGUUUGCUGUGGCAAAGAGCGACCACUCACAGUACAGUCACGCCACCUAGUUUGGUCGACAGUAAUUAAAGCUUCUCACACAUCCUGUCAAACUUGGGACUGAUUUUACGACGUACUGCCGUGUGCAAAAAAAAAAGUAUAUAAUGCUACACACCCGAUCUGUAAUACAGGUAAGGAUACAGGUCCGGACAUAAAAAUAUCAAUACUUUUAGCUGUCCCACUUUAACAUCACUUCCUGCUCUGUUUACCCAAUCGAACAGUACAUCCUUAUAAUUCAUCGUAAUUAACAAAGGUAUCAAAAUUUAACUUUGACAAAAAUAUUCUGUCUCCUUUCAAUAUAAAACUGUAUUAUAUGCUGAAGAAAGCAUUAAAGUAAGUAUUAAUUAAUAGUAGUUUCAAAAAUGACUUUCCCCAACCCAUCAAUGCAAAAUUGAAAUAAUUGUCUGUGUAAAGUUAUUUUCUUAUGAAUAUGUACAUUAAGUGCUGCUAUAUUGUCUUACACAAAGCAGUUUUUUCCACAAAGCAAUAUGUGAUUACCUGAUUAGUGACCAUGUUUUCCUAUGAACUUUGAAAUAUACCUUAUUGUUUCAUUUUUACCUUUUGAACUAUUUAUUACACAUUUUCCUUCAUUCCUCCACAGUGUUUCCAGUGUUCCGCACUCCUACUUGAAGGAAGAAGAUUAUACCGUUUUAUUUUCAAGCUAAUAUUGUUUUCAAAAACAGGAGAUUACUUUGGUUUUUAUUUAUGAAUUCUGUUUAUUCUUAACUAUAGCAUAUUAUUAAACAAAUACGACAAUUAAAUGAUUUUGACUUAUAUAUAUAUAGUAUAUUGCACUUUUACAAUAAAAUAAUUUUACCAAGCAUGUUUAACUAUUCGGAACAAUAAAAAUAAAUUCGCAAAUAUUUGUGUGUUUGGAAAUUGUACCCCCAUGAUGUAAAACUGAGUUACUAAUAACAGUUGCAAGAUAAAAAAAAAAAGUAAUUUUUUUUUUCAAUAUUUUUAGUAUACGUAUAAAUUUGGGCACUAAUUUCCUUAUAAAUAAAUUAUAUUUAUUGAAUUUAGUGUGUUAAAAGAUAACGCCUUUGUGAUUUGAGUUUAUUUUAGAUUAUAUAUACUGAUGAAUUUAAUUUUUUUUUAGUUGCAUUUUGGUGUUACAUGGUGUACUGUCACGCUUUGCGGUGUUAUUUCGGUGUUAUCGCAAUUCACCACAUAAUCUUGUCCCUACCUGUGUUCUGUUCUCAUCU